CCUCAUCAAUUCAGCCAAGGGCGGCAGUUGGCCCGGCAUUAGUGAGUGGCGGCUAUUAGCUCCGACCCAGCCGUCCGCUGCGCUGCCUGGGUCGGCACUGUUUCCAGUUGAGAGAUGGCGGCCGCCGCAGGUAGAUCCCUCCUGCUGCUCCUGUCCUCUCGGGGCGGCGGUGGGGGCGCCGGCGGCUGCGGGGCGCUGACUGCUGGCUGCUUCCCCGGGCUGGGCGUCAGCCGCCAGCGGCAGCAGCAGCACCACCGAACGGUGCAUCAGAGGCUCUCUUCGUGGCAGAAUUUGGGAGUUGUUUAUUGCAGUACUGUUGUGCCCUCUGAUGAUGUGACAGUGGUUUAUCAAAACGGCUUACCUGUGAUAUCUGUGAGGUUACCAUCCCGGCGUGAACGCUGCCAGUUCACACUCAAACCUAUCUCAGACUCUGUUGGUGUCUUUUUACGACAACUCCAAGAAGAGGAUCGAGGAAUUGACAGAGUCGCAAUCUAUUCGCCAGAUGGUGUUCGAGUUGCUGCCUCAACAGGGAUAGACCUGCUCCUCCUCGAUGACUUUAAGCUGGUCAUUAAUGACUUAACGUAUCAUGUCCGACCACCAAAGAGAGACCUCUUAAGCCACGAAAAUGCAGCAACGCUGAAUGAUGUAAAGACACUGGUCCAGCAGCUAUACACUACACUGUGCAUUGAGCAGCACCAGUUAAAUAAGGAAAGAGAGCUUAUCGAACGAUUAGAGGAUCUCAAAGAGCAACUGGCUCCCUUGGAAAAGGUACGAAUUGAGAUUAGCAAAAAAGCUGAGAAGAGGACCACUCUGGUGCUAUGGGGUGGACUUGCCUACAUGGCCACACAGUUUGGCAUUUUGGCCCGGCUUACCUGGUGGGAAUAUUCCUGGGAUAUCAUGGAGCCAGUCACCUACUUCAUCACUUAUGGAAGUGCCAUGGCAAUGUAUGCAUAUUUUGUAAUGACACGUCAGGAAUAUGUUUAUCCAGAAGCCAGAGACAGACAAUACUUACUAUUUUUCUAUAAAGGAGCCAAAAAGUCACGUUUUGACUUAGAGAAAUAUAAUCAACUCAAGGAUGCAAUUGCUCAGAAAUGGACCUUAAGAGACUGAGAGACCCAUUGCAAGUACAUCUGCCCCUCCGACAAAUUGGUGAAAAAGAUUGACCUGCAAAGAGCCUCUGAAUCCCAGCAGAAAGAACACCUGUUUAUAACUCUUGCCUUUUUAAUUAAAGCAUUGCAGGUGGAAGCUGGGAGCUACAUAGGGGUGGGGAUGGAUUUUUACCUUAAAUUAAAAAUCAAAAACUAAAAGGAUCUUAAGGAAGAAUGUAAUAAAAUCUGAGGAUCAGGCAUUGUGGAAUAUAAGUCUCAAAGGGCUUAGUGAAAAUUGUCUUAAUCAAGCAUCUCAGUUUUUGGAUGAAAAUGAUGCAGUUAUAUAGUUGAGAGAUUCAUAAAGAGAAAAUGAUGCUGGGGUGUCCGUUUCUUGCAUCUUCUUUGCAGGGUCAGCAAAACAGUAACACACCAGCACCACACUCCGUUCUAAUUUUUUUAAUUUAACUUUUCUUAUUUUUGACACAGGACUAAAUAAAUAUACCAGAAAAGCAAAUCAUCAAGAUAUGUGGGUAGCAAACAGAGUCCAUAUCAUGAGCAUUUAUUUUAGAUUGGCCCCAGCCUCUGUGUACCUACCAGGAAUCUCUCUCCUGUUUCCCUUUGCUGAGCACCUGUACCUGUUGGUUACACUAAUUUCAUCCAUCUGAUAAUCAGAACCAAUUUAUGCCUGUUUGAUAAUUGAUACUUUGGAUUAUCCCUUAAUAUCUUCUUAAAUGUCUAUAAAUCCCAGUGCUCUAGAGCAAUAUCUAGAAAUCACUGGCAGCAUUGCAUGAGGUAUUUUCAUUUCAUUUUUCACUAAUUAGUCUUUAAGAAAAGGAAGAACUUCCUUCCUUUAUUUACCUAUCCCAUUGAUAUUUCCCUCUCUCUCCAACAACUCAUAUCAGAGAGGGAGGGUUCAGCUGUAUUACCAAAUCAGGAAGAUGUCAGGUUUACAAAUUGGCUAAAAUCAUGGCUCUGUAGCCAUUUCUGAACCAGAAUAAUUUCAUUGCACUUAAUGUGUGACAGCAUUCCAGGCCCCCCAGGUGGCACUGCCUGGCCUGGAGGCUCGUUACUCUCCAAGGACACAUUGUGAGCCCUCCCACUUCCACCACUUCAGCAGUGGUAAAUAAGGUAUAUGGAUCUCAGUGGGUGCAAUUUAUCUUUAUACAGGAAUACAUUUCUACAGCUUCCUUCAGGCCUACCCUCUACACCCUAUUUUUUCUUAUCUUAAAUUAAAGAAGAAUUAAUCUUACACUCUUUCAAAAUGUUUUCUACCAUAUUUCCAGAUGAUAUCUGCAUUUGGAAAGUCAAAGGACUCUGUGUCCAGUAUCCUGUUUUUAACUACCGUGGGGGCAGGACGGAAAGGAGAUCAGGGCUUACCACACGGCUGAUAGGCUUUUUUCUUUCACAUGAUUCAUCCCUCCUCAUUGUGGCAAGGGGUUUCUUUCUCUUUUUCUUCCUCUAUUGAGAUCAUUGUGUAUGAAUAGGGAAACUUUAAAUGACAAACCCAGACUCCGGGUGCCUUGCAGAGGUUGAAGGCCAGUCAGGAUCGCUGCUGCUGCCCCUGCCACCACCCCCUCCACCGGUAUGACGGAAUGGAAGGAGGCAUGUCUCCUCGCCCCACCCUUUCUCCCACUCCCCCCACCCGCUGUUCAACCCCUCCCCUCAUUUGUUUUUUUUUAAGUUGUGUGAAUUAUUUUUAAAACGUUUAUCCUGUUUGUUGUGCAGGGUUUUUGUGAAGAAACAGCACAGUGCAAUGAGCAAAUCUUCAGGGUGUGUGGGAGGCAAGGGAGGGAGGGGGGAUAUGGAGAAAAGUCCUUUAAACAAAUAGCAAAAUAUUGAACAUGUGUAAAAUCCUGUAUCAUUUAUGAAAUAUGUAAAAAAAGCUAUGUACCUUCUGGAACAAUAAAUACUUAUUCAAUUUUUGAA